AAUGAGUGCUGUGCCUUAUGAAAAGAUUUGCGAAUUAGUAAGUCCACUUUAUUGUCCAUUAGAAAUAGAUGGUGCUAUAUAUAUGGUUUCUUAAAGUGGUGAUGUUUUGAAAUUCAAGGAUGGAUAAUUUAAGGUUUUUUAAAUCAGUUAAGAAUAGGCUGAAUUUCAUAUAUCAGGAUAACCUUAUUCUAUAGUUAUCGAUAAAUUGAAUAAAUUUAUUUAUGUUGCAGAUAUGGCUCAUUAAGCUAUUUUAAAGAGAUAUGUUGAUGAAAACAGUUAAGAACAAAUUGUAGAGUUUUAAAAAGAUUAUGAAGGUUAAACAUUAUUAGGACCUAAUUCAUUAUUAUUGUCUACCAAAAAUAGUAUUAUUGAAUAUAAUUAGAUUUGAUGUUCUUUACUGAUUCUGGUCCAUUUGGCGAAACUUCAAUAGAGAAUUGUAAAGGAUCUCUAUUUGCUAUAGAUAUGGAUACUCAAAUUAUAAAACCUUUAGCAUUAUAAUGUUUAUCAUAUCCAAGUGGAAUAUGUUUAAGCAAUAAUUAAAAAUUAUUAUAUUUAUGUGAAACUGGUAAAAAUAGAGUAUUACGUUUUGUUUAAACAGAUGCUGGAAUAUUUUAUUAUAGGUAUUAGAAAAAUAAAUCAAUAAAAUAGCACUUAUAUAUAAUUUAAUGGUAGAUUUGGUCCAAUUGCUUGUUCAGUAUCGUAAUCAGAACAUUUAUAUGUUGCUCGAUUUGAAUUUGGAUAUGUUUCAGAAGAAGGAUAAAUAAGUAUUUUUAAUUCAAAUGGAGUGAAUGUUGAAAAUGUUUCAAUUCCAUAAUGUCCUGAAAUAUCUGGUUUAACAUUUUCAAGGUAAAUAUAUAUAUUUAUGAACUUAAUUAAAUAGUUAAAAAUCAAAUAUUCUUUAUGUGACUGAGAAUUCUUCAACUCCAAGUUGCUUACGUAUAUUGAUUAAUAUUGAAGAAAAAGAUGAUGUAAAGAAAAAGGAUAAAGAUAAAUUUAAAUGA